GAAAACCCCUCCAACCCAAACAACCCAAAAAAAAAAAAAAAAAAGGGAAAUUCCUUCCCUUCUUUGCUCCUCUUUUUCUCCUUCCAACUGCAUCUUCUCAUGAAUUUUCCUUGCCAUUUACCCUAAUCUUCUUUUUCAUUUUUAUCUAUUGUCUUCCAUAUAUCUAGAGAUCAUAUCAUAUAAAAACAUAGGAAUAAAGGGGGAAGGUUAAUCAUGGGUUGUUCUUUGUCUUUUAAGGCCAUGUUUGGAGGACUUGCAGUACCGGCAAUUAUUUUGCUUUUGUUGGUCGGAACGUUGCAGCCAUCAGAUGGAAGGAAAACGAAGACCACAUUAAUGACAACGUCGAUGAAGUGGUCAGAAAAAGAAGAGCACGGGAAGGUGUUGGGCAGACAGAAGUCACUUGUUCUAACUGAGUUAGAUAUCAACUACAUGAGCAAACGAAAAGUUCCUAACGGACCAGAUCCUAUUCAUAACAGGAAGCGACCGCCCGGAGUAGUUUAGCUGUUUGGGCAUAUCUGCAGCCCAACUGUAAAAUUAUGAAACAAGGUUUCUGCAGCCAUCUUGUAUGUAUUUUUUUUUUUUUUUUUGCUGGAAGAUGGAGGUUUUUUUACUUUAAAACUGAUGAAUAGAUUUGAGUAUCUGUGCUGCUGCAUGCAUGUCUUUUUACUUACAGAAAUUGUUGUGGGAAAUUAUAAAAGGGGACUACAGAAGCUUAUCUGGUACAAAAUAUGUCUCAAAAGCAUAUAUGACCAGAGAAAGAUCAUUAAGCAGCCUUUUGUAAAAACCCACUUUAGUUAUUGUUUCAUAUCUUCUUCUUCUUCUUUUUCUUUUUUUUUUUUUCUUUUUUUUUUAAUAUAUAUUCCUAAACCAUGAGAGGAGAGAUCAACUAAUUAAAUAAGAGAGAAUAUUGACAACAGUAGGUUGUAGCAGCCAUGCAUGAACCCAAUCUCUCUGUCAAUUAUCCAAUCUCUGUCUUUGGAUGUGUUUUGCAACAGAGAAGUUGUUCUAGACAACAUAAGCUAAGCUAAACAAGUUAUAUAUUUAAUAUAUAUUUGUUGUCUUCUUGAGGUGAUGUAGAAAAGGUGGGCAUGAGUUCUUGUACUAAUUAAAGUGAAUUCCACCAAUUAAAGGUGUUGGAGGUCCUAAAAGAAAAAGGGGUUUGCAUCUAGGUGUUAGUCUUUUUCUCUGGCUCCUUUGGUGGUACUGUUUUGGUCUUUGGUCCAUUCAAACUUGUAAACAUAUAUGCAUGAGAUUCUUCUAUCUCGUGGCAAUCAAAGAGAGAUGAAAAAGAGGAAAAAUAAAACAAGAUAGUCUCAAUUCUCACAUUAAAGUGGAACACAAAAGAGGGAAGUCUCUCUUCAAUGGCUUUUUUAUAAUUCCCCUCUAUUCAUCUUUUGUUGUUUGGAUUGAGAAGCAAAGCAAAGGCUGGUCCUAAAGUAAGUAAGAUGUACAUGGAUUCAUGUUGGAGCAAUUACCCAGAUGAGAAAAAGGCUAAAGG